AUGUGGGGUUUGUUGAAUCAAGUUCGACAACGACAUUUCAAUUAUUUAUCACUUCGAACAAUAAUAAAAAAAAGUGACCACGUAAAACCAAUCAUUCAAAUAGUUUCAAAAUCUGUUCACAAACAGCAACGCCUUUCCUUCUCUACUACAGCAAGUUUACAGAGUAAAUCAGAGCGCGUAGCUCACACGUCGGUGAAAACCAAGGCAAUUAUAGCACCGCCAGAGACACAUAUUAACACUGCAAGACUUUUACGCGAGGCAAUCACAGAAGGAAAUGCAAAUCUUGCUUGGCAAAUCUACACCUCAGAUAAAACACUUGAUAAAGGACUACUUUAUGUUGAUUAUCGAAAUCUUGCCUGGUUAUUAAAGCGAAAUGGUGAAAGUCAAAAUGAAGAGGCAACCUUGACAGAACGCAUAGAACAUAUAGAAAUUCUAAUUCAGGAUAUGCUCAAGUCCGGGGUGAAAUAUGACAUAGAAAUAUAUAAUGCGUUAUUAACUGCCUGUCAAAAAGUGCAAGACAUUGAAAAAUUAGAACAAGUUUGGAAGAAAAUCUCCAAACUGAAAACGAAAGGAACGAUAAACCCGGAUUCCACGACUUACUGUACUUUGAUCAAUACAUACGCCAAACAAUUGACGACAGAUGGUUACGAGAAAAUAAAGAAAUUGUACGAAGAGAUUAUAAAUCAAGGGUGUAAAUUGGAUAGUCAGAUAUUUGCCAGUCUAAUUAAUGCUUUUUCUAAUUUUGGAAAUCUCGAAGCAGCUGAUCAUGCAUUAUUACAAGCAGAGAAACUUGUUCGUCCAAAUACGGCAACAUUUAAUGCGAUACUAAAAGGAUACAUGCGAAAUAAUUGUCCAGAAUCAGCGAUGGAAUUUCUCCAAAGUGAAAUGAUGGAAAAAUGGAAUUGUUCACUUGAUAUUGUCACAAUAAACAUAAUGAUUGCCGGCAAUUUUCAUGCAGCAAUUAUUGCCAAAACACGAGAAAAUGAAGAUUCCGAAGCGUACAUGGAAAAAGCACGAGACUGGUAUUUACUCAUGCUGAGUCAAGAGAUUCAACCGAGUGUGGUCACAUUCAAUACAUUAAUACAAGGAUUCGGGAAACUUGGUAAAAUGGAUGAAGUGAUAAAAAGCGUCACGGAAAUGCAAAGAUUUCUCAUCGUGCCGAGUUUAAUGACUUUUCGUAAUUUGGCUGACGUUUAUGGAUUGCAAAAAGAUUUUGAGGGUGUUAAGCUUGUUUGGAAUGAUAUGGGGAAAUUUGGAUUAGAGCCAGACCAUAAAAUUAUUGAGACCUUUGUGAGGGCCGCGAAAGCUUGUAAUGAAAAUGAAUGGGCAGCGGAAAUAUUAAAAAAGAAUAUGCACAUCUAUGAGGGAAAGGAUAAUAAAAACCUAAACAAUAUAUUAAUUCAUUGA